CCCCCAGUCUGCAACACCUGCAACCCGCUGUCCGGCCAAAACCACUGCGACAUCACGACCUCGUGCAUCAACACGGGCACGCGCUUCCACUGCGCCUGUCGCGCGGGCUACAAGGCCUCGCCCGACAACAACGACAUCAAGAAGCAGUUCCGCCUCAACAUGCCGGACUAUAAGUUCUUGGUGUUCACGCCCGAGUCGACCGAGUGUAAUACGCUUUGCAAUAAUCCUUAUGGGGCGGGUCCGGAUCUCUGUGCCGAGGUGCCUGUUAGGGAGAGGUGUUCUGUUUAG